AUGACCAACAUACACCAAUGUGCACUCAACAAGGAUGGCACACUCAAGUGGGCAGUCAAGCCAACCUGGAAAGUUGUUGAGAGUCAGGCAGUAGCCUCUGCCUCUAACAGCAAUAAAAGAGCACAACCAGAUGACUCAUCUGUCUCAAGUGGCCCAGAGAGCCAUCUUCAGCUUUUAGUUGAUCAAGCAAGUGGGGGAAGAGACAUUAUUCAUAAUGCCAAUAUGGAAGUUACCAGUGUUGGUGAUAACAAUGAUACAGAUACAGACCCUGUUGUUGUGUAUGAAAAUAUGUAUCGAGCUUGCAAGGUGAAAGACGUAAUAUUAAAGCAAAGGGCACUCAAGGGAAUGAUCCAUGCACAAAGGAUGUGUGUGCAGCCUUUGUUGCUGAAGAACAAGUUAUUGACAGUCAUACUCAGUCUGGUCAUUGGUGCAAUGUGUCUGUGGGACGUCUACCCUUUGGAAACACAUAUCCAGUCUUUCACCACAAUUGAAAAAGAAGCCUUUCAUGCUGUUCUCAAGUUUCAAGGACCACAGACUAAAGACUCCGACAUACCUGGUUGCACCACUCUUCAUGAGACUUUCCUUUCAAAAAUAUUGAAGGUUGAAGAGAAACUUUGGGUUAUGUUCAAAAUUGGUUGGACCACUUCAGAUAAUACAUCUGCUAAUGGCAAGGCUGUUCAAAUGCUACAGCAUAUCUUAGAUAACCCAAAUGAUAAUGAUCUUGUUGAGGAUGAGGAUUAUGAUGCAGGGGAUUUCCUUGGAAAGUUUUUGGCUUUUGUUAAUCAGGUCAGAGCAUCACCACAGGCAAAGGCAUACUUUGUUAAAGUAUGCAAAGAAAAGCAUAUUGCUCCAUUGGAGUUGAUCAAGUGGGUUAGAAUUCAAUGGGGAUCCAUGUAUGAUCUCCUUAAACGUGUUAUCACAAAUAAAGACGCUGUCAAUAAGUUCUGUGCUGUUGCUGAUAUCAGUCCAUAA